CGAGCUCUUCGUUACCCGGAAGUAAACGCUAGAGUCAUCAUCAGGUGACCGCACAGGGUUCGAGCUGCAGCGAACAGUUUAUUUAUUAUUAAUUUAGUUAUUAAUGUGUGAAGAGCAGAUUUAAUAAAGCAUGGCGCAGAAGAUCAAUGAGGCUCAUGAACACAUCGCGCAGGCGGAGAAACAUCUGAAGACGAGCUUCAUGAAGUGGAAGCCUGAUUAUGACAGUGCUGCAUCAGAAUACUCCAAAGCAGCUGUUGCCUUCAAGAACGCCAAACAGCUGGAGCAGGCCAAAGAGGCGUAUCUGCUGGAGGCCGAGGCUCACACCAACCACAGAUCUCUGUUUCAUGCUGCCAAGGCCUUUGAGCAGGCAGGAAUGAUGCUGAAGGACAUGCAGAGGUUACCUGAGGCUGUGCAGUACAUCGAGAAAGCCAGCGUGAUGUACGUGGAGAACGGCACUCCAGACACCGCCGCCAUGGCCCUGGACCGAGCGGGGAAGUUGAUCGAACCUCUGGAUCUGGCUAAAGCCGUUCACCUGUACCAGCAGGCCGCAGGAGUGUUCGAGAAUGAGGAUCGAUUACGACAGGCAGUGGAGCUCAUUGGAAAAGCAUCACGACUUCUUGUUAGACAACAGAAGUUUGACGAAGCUGCCGUGUCGCUGCAGAAGGAGAAGAACAUGUAUAAGGAAAUAGAGAAUUACCCAACAUGCUUCAAGAAAACCAUCGCACAGGUGCUGGUCCAUCUACACAGAGCAGACUAUGUGGCGGCUGACAGGUGUGUGCGGGAGAGCUACAGUAUCCCAGGAUUCAGCGGGAGCGAAGACUGCAUUGCCAUGGAGCAGCUGCUGCAGGGUUACGAUGAGCAGGAUGAAGAUCAGGUGUCUCGCGUCUGUACGUCUCCGCUGCUCAGAUACAUGGACAACGACUAUGCAAAGCUCGCCAUCAGCCUGAAAGUGCCCGGAGGAGGGAAGAAGAAGAAACCCCCCGCCGUCGCUAGCGGAGACGCUGGAGCCGCGCCGCCGGAGGAAGACGAGGAUGAGUAUGCUGGAGGACUCUGUUGAAGAGACACACCCACACCUGAGACUCCAGCAUGAAGGUGCAAGCAUGAUCACGGCCCGCGCUGUUUAUAUUCCUGUACUGGAGCUGCGUUCAGAAGCAUGUUUAUUUAUUUAGGUUUGCCUUUAAACUCCCUCAACUUGUUAAAAUGAAAGUUUUCAGGCAAAGCCAAACCUGAGAAACUGCCUUUCCUGUUAAAUCAGACCUUUAAUGGGUGAAUCUGAUGCUUUGUGUGUACAGUAUUCUAACUGCAUCUUGGGUAGUGUUGCACUACAGGUCUAUCAUAUGAACACUGUAUAUGCUGGAAUCUGAAUAUCAGUGCCUGCUCUGUAAUUUCAGUACUUAUUUCCAUUCAUUCUUAACUCAGUUCUUGGCGUAUGAACGUCAGCAGUGAUGCUGCAUAUAAAUGCAUGAAAUGCCUUAAGAUGAUCUUGAUCUUUAGUUUUAGUGUAGACGGUGUGCAGGGAACAAUUUCUGUUAUUAAUGAGGACUUCGAUGAUGUUUACUGUGAUCGCAUGGUUUCAGAAUACCACUGAAUAAAUAAAGAGAUUCUGAUUUUGCAUAUUUUA